AAUGACGGUUGUUAACAGGGCUAGUAGCAGUAGCGGUAACAUUUGUUGCUAUAAUUGGAAACUCCUGCUCUGGCGGCACACUGUUACCGGAGUUGAUUAUUCAGACCUCUACAAGAAUGUUAUGAGGAGGAUCCCUGUGCUGCACCUGAGCAACAAUUAAUCAUACAAACCAAAACGCCAAAUCCCACAGUUUCCUGCUUCUCUCUGCUGGUCCCUUCCGGUGUGGGCGUGCCUCCUGUCACACUGGCAGAGGAGGAGGGGCAGAAGGUGUUGCCAGGUGGGGGACCAAGGCUGCACCAGCCUGCCUUCUCCCUCUUCCUCCAUCCAAAUCUAAAUUACUUCAUCUGCAGCUUCCACAGGAAGUGGGCUGAGAGUGAGUGUGCCACGUCCAGAUUAGGACAUUGCAGAGCAGCACUGACAGGGCUCUGCCAGGUGGCGUUGGCUGGUUGAAGAGCAGAGCAUGUUGAGUGGUUGUGGUUGCCAUGGAGCUGCAGGAUAAGAAACAGGAGGAGGAUGCUGUGACACUCGGCCUGUCGACAGGCCAGGCUCUGGGGAAGCUUCGAGACCAGCUCAGCAGCCUGCUGGAGCAGCACCAAAGGGCUGCACGCAGACGAGCCUCUUCACAGUUGUUCAGCGGCGUAGCGUCAGCAGGCGCAAACCUGAGAAAGCUCGACCGGAGAGGCCGGCCACACAGCCCUCAAACGUUAACGAUCAAAGAACAGUGGGUGAAUAGCUUCCUUUACCAUGGCAACCGUCACUCCUGUCUCCAUUGGCCGGGAGCUGCCCUCACUCUACUGGUGGUGCUGGGACUCUUCUGUUGCCAUGGCAGCCAGCCAAAGGGCAGUUCUGGUAUCGAGCUGGUGAACGCUGCUGCCCUCCUCCUUCUCUUCCUGCUCAACCUGCUGCUGGUUGGACGUCAGGAGCGUCUGAAGAGGAGUGAGAUGGUCCGGCGUCUUAAGGGCAUCAUCACACAGCUCAGCGACUAUCUGUCAGGCUGUGUGGGUGAAGUGCGAUGGUCUCCAUCUCUGUACCCUGAUCUGUACACACCCUCAUCCCCCUCAUGGUCCCUUCACUGGACCUACCGGGACUCCCAGUUGGUUAACCUGCCUAUCAGCUUGCUGGUGGAAGGAGACAUCAUCGCUCUGAGACCGGGCCAAGAGGCGUUUGCAUCCCUCAGAGGCAUUAAGGAUGAUGAGCACAUUGUGUUGGAGCCAGGAGAUUUAUUUCCCCCAUUCUCCCCACCUCCUUCCCCACGGUCCAAUGAGAAGAGAGGACCCCAGAGCCCCCAGCAACACCGUCUCUUCAGAGUGGUGCGGACUCCAGUACUGGACAUAGUCAGUAACAGUUUGGAGUUGGCGUUGGCUCGACCAAUCACCGUGCUCGAUAAUGAGAGGUUUACAGUGCAGUCUGUUAUCACCAAGCUGGUCUGUCCAGUCGUUCUGGUUGCAUUCCUCCUAGUCAACACUAUCCGCUAUUUUUGUGAUGCACCCAGCCUCACCCCCGCCUGCUUCAAUUUCUUUCAAAUUCAGUUGAUGGGUGUUCUGCCCAUCUUGCCCUUGCUCUUCCCUGUUAUGUGGGUGCUGUUGAAUGCCUUCGGAGAGGCCAGGGUCCUCGCUGAGUUCAGCCGCGCAUCACCAGCUGGUCUGCUUGCUAAGUUCUCUGAGGACACUCUAAGCAGCUACACCGAAGUGGUUUCCUCCCAGGAGUUGCUGCGCUGUGUGUGGAGACACCUGCUUGGCGUCCUGAAGGGAGAGUCUCAGACCCUCUGUUAUACUUCCAGCCUCUUACACACUCUGGGAUCUGUCACUGUGCUGUGUUGUGUGGACAAGCAAGGUAUCCUGUCGUGGCCUAACCCCAGCCCAGAGACUGUGUUGUUCUUCAGUGGACGAGUGGAGCCGCCUCACAACAGCCAGGAUGAUCUCAGAGACGACCUGUCUGUCAGCUCCUACUGCCGAAUGGAGACAGAUGAUGACAGGGAUGAGGUCCAGGAGGCGGAGGCUCUGCUCUGUCUACCAGUAGAGUCCUCUAAUCAGCUGGGGGAGGGGCCUGAGCCCAGUGAGACGUCACAUGACACAGCUCGCUCGUCUGACACAUUCCGGCUCCGGCGCUCCUGCCAGCCUGCAAACACUCGCACCAAACACCACUCGGGAUCCAACGUGAGCUUCAGCCAUGACACUGAGGGAGGAGAGAAUGACCAGGCUCAGGACUUUGCAGUAGGCUGCCCGGACGCGGAGGCCGAUGACUUUGUGUGUGACUACCACCUGGAGAUGUUGAGCCUGUCGCAGGACCAGCAGAACCCAGCCAGCAUCCAGUUCGACGACCUCUCCUGGCAGUGCCACCUGCCGUCCCUCAAGCCGCUGGGCCUCAACAUCAUGCUGAACCUCUGCAACGCCAGCGUCACCCAGCAACUCUGUCGCUUCUCAGACCACCUGUCCAACCUGGCUCUGCAGGAGAGCCACGGCACCGUGCUGCCCGUCUACGUCCCCUGGGGGCUCUGCGAACUCUCCAGGCUCAUAGGGUUCACUCCUGGUGCGCGGGAGUUGUUUAAACAGGAGAACCACUUGGCUCUGUACCAGCUUCCAACAGGAGAGAAGACUAAGGAGUUCACUUCCCGCCGCCUUCAUUACUUCACCAAACGCCAGCCUCCCAUCUCCCACCUUAUCUCCCUGUUUGUACAAGACUCCUCCUCCAAUAACGUCCAGAUGCUGUCGCAUGGCUCGGCCGACCUUAUCCUGGAGGCCUGCACUGACUUCUGGGAUGGAACUGAUAUAUACCCCCUCUCAGGCUCAGACAGAAAGAAGGUUCUGGACUUCUACCAGCGUGCCUGUCUGUCAGGUUACUGCUCAGCAUUUGCCUACAAACCCAUGCAAGUAUCCUUGUCCAACCAACUGAAUGGGAAGUGUGUGGAGCUGGCCCCCGGUCCCUGCCUCUUCUCCGGGGUGGAGCUGCCCUCCACCACCCCCAUCAAACACAACUCUUGCAGGAACAGCUGGAGCUCUGACGAGGGUAUAGGUGAAGGUGUGGAGCGUGAGGACUGUGUUCAGGCCCUCAGUGGACAGAUCUUCAUGGGCAUGGUAUCGUCCCAGUUCCAGGCGAGGCUGGACACAGUCCGGCUCAUCGAUGCCCUCGUCACCGCUUGUAUCCGGUUUGUUUACUUUUCCAUGGAAGAUGAGCUCCGCAGCAAGGUCUUUGCAGAGAAGAUGGGUUUAGAGACAGGCUGGAACUGUCACAUCUCUUUGACUCCAAACGGAGAAAGUCCCUGUGAUGGAGCUCCAUCCAGCCCCAGUCAGGGCUCCCUACAUGAAGACCUAAACCAAGAUUCCCGGGAUGAAGCAGAAGGUCCCCUGCUACUAGAGGAGGAAGCCCACUCUGACCUGGCCAGCUUCCAGCCCACAGACAGCGACGUGCCCAGCUUUCUGGAGGACUGUAACAGGGCCAAGCUACCUCGAGGUAUCCACCAGGUUCGUCCUCAUUUGAAGAACAUUGAUAAUGUGCCUCUUUUGGUGCCACUCUUCACUGACUGCACCCCUGACACCAUGUGUGAGAUGAUAAAGAUCAUGCAGGAGAACAGGGAGGUUACAUGCUGUCUAGGAAGCUCCGCCAAUUUCCGCAACAGCCGUCUGUUUCUACAGAGUAACCUCAGCAUCGCUCUGGACCCUCUGUACCCCUCACAGUGUUCGUGGGAGACGUUCGGCUAUGCCACCGGAGGAUUUAACGACAGAGACGCUGAAGGUCUGUCUCCUCUGAGGCUCUCCGGACAGCUCAACAGUCUGGGCUGCUCUGUCACCUUCCAUCAGGGAGAGAGCGUCAGCAUGGUCAAGCUCAUAGAGCAGGCACGACACACAACCUAUGGCAUCCGCAAGUGCUUCCUUUUCCUGCUGCAGUGUCAGCUCAGUCUUGUCAUCAUCCAGUUCUUAGCCUGUCUGGCUCAGCUUCCUCCUCCCAUGAACACCACUGACAUCCUCUGGCUGUCCUGCUUCAGCUGCCCACUGCUAAGUGUGUCAUUUUUGGGGAAGCCACCAGACAGCUCAGUCAUGACCGUUGCCACAGGGAAGAACCUCGAUGCAAUUCCAAGGAAGACCCAGAACUACUUCCUUGGCUGUUUCCUGUUGAAGUUUGGCCUGACAGUGUGUGCCUACCUGUUGGCCUUUGGCUUCACCUUGCAUGAGUUGUGCCUCAAAAGUAGCAACUCCACCUUAGCUGACAACACCACUGUCAACUGUCUUUAUAUCCUCACAGCCAGCUCUUUAGUCGACGCUCCUCACUGGUUCAGUGAGCUGUCAAAUGGCUUGCUGCUGACUCAGAAGGUCAUGGCAGGGUUCCUCGUCUUACACACAGUGGUGAUCUCGCUCAGCUAUGUCCACCGCUCUCAACCUUUGUGGAGAAAGAGUCCCUUCAGCAAUACCUGGUGGUGUCUCACUGUACCUGUGGUUCUGCUCAGCCAGAUCGUUCAGGCCACAGUGGAUUACCAGUUAUGGCGCGACAGGGGCAGCCUCCUGACCUUUAAACUGGGAGACAUCCCCCUGCUGGCCUGGCUGCUGGCCUCUCUGUCCCCGCUGCUGGUGGUGGUGGUCAACGAAGUGGUGAAGCUACACGAGAUACGGGUACGAGUUCGCUACCAGAAGAGACAGAAGCUUCAGUUUGAAACGAAGCUGGGGAUGAACUCUCCCUUCUGAAGCGGUCCCUGUGUGAAAAUUGGUGUUGUGACAAUACUGGGAACCAUUAGUUCUGGCAACCAGGGAAAAGCAGGGUGCAAACACUGCAGAACACUUCAGCCCAGCAGCACUGCAUCCAUCAGGUGGAGCAGAUAUCAACCAGUUGCUACAUUAGGGGCUUUAUGACACAAAUGUCUAAACUCCUGGGUCUGUUUUUAUUACAGUUGAUAUUCUGUUAGUUAUCUGAAGGGCAGGGAAAAAUCCAAAGCGUUCAUUUUCAUUUAAUACAAAAAAGAGCCAAAAAUAGGCAACCAUUUAUUGUCUGGUUUUAGUUUACGGCAUGAGGAAUGUUUUCUGAAGAGGUUUAUGCUUUCUCACGAUCACUUCUGUUCUUCAUCUCUGAGAGACUCGUGUGCAUGGUCGCUCUCAUCUCCAGAAAUGCCCCAAACAAAGGAUGAUUUAGUGAAGUUCAUUUUAAUGUUAAUGAGACACAUUGAACUGUGUCAUAUCAUUCUACCACUUCAUUCACAGGAAAAACACAUAGGGCAGAAGGGUAACUGGUAACUCAAAGUGUUCACUAUUAAAUAAACCAAUGUGUAGUUAUGAAAUAGAUAAUAUGUAAAUCAAACAACAGCAUCUCCUUUUUAAUAUAUUUAUCCUAACAAAUGCACAUGCUACUUACCUAGCUGGCUAAAUAGCUGCGCGGGUUGUGAGUUUUGAGCAUCAAUAUGAAGCAACAAUGUUAGCGGCAGCAGCUAACGCUAACUAGAUAAAUAAGUUACCUCGGCUGCAUUUUGACUCUAAAGAUGUUCGUCAGAAUAAAACACAACUCUGUAGAGCAAAAAGACAGACAGUGUCUCUGUGGUGGCACAGCCAAACAGGAGUUCACAAAUCACUGCUAACACUGGCUCUCCACUUUAAUAAUCUGAGCUCACUAGCUAACGCAGGUGGUUAGCCUGAUAGCAUGAUCGUUCUUGUUAAUCUAAGGCUCAAAAGCUAAAGAGGUUUAGUUUCUGUAUAGCGUAUUUAUUUAUUUACAGCAGCAGCCUCUGUCUGGUUGAUUCACAGUUACUUUGACAUUGUUUUGGCUGUAGCUAACAGAAGCUAAAUUUGGUGUUGACUUUGCUAGUUUAAGAGGCAGGAUGGUACGUGAAAGGUGAGAGGGCGGUGACAACACCCGUCAUUAAAAGUGAGCGAAUAAAUAAAUAGAACUUGACAUGAAAUAAGAAUACUAUUUGAAUAAGAGCAUUUCUAUAGUGAAACAAAAAUAAUUUCCAAUGAAACUUAUUACAAUACAAAUAAUAAUUGGUUGUUUUUUUAUUCAUUUGCAAAGUGUUGGUUUAUUUAUAUAUUUUAUACAAUUUGUUCAUAUGAUUAUUUAUUGCAUACUGCCUUUUUAUUUAUUCGUUGAACACUUUGGGGCUCCGUAUGUAACGAGGUGUUUGUGCACCUGAAUUAGGGGUAAACUACCUCUGAAGAAUGUGACAAAGAAACUUUUCUAAGUUUACUUUCUGUCAUUCGGCCUUUUGAGCCACAUUUAAAUCCUCACUAAUAACCUGCAAGACAACAUUCCCUAUUAUUUAAUUAUGUUUUGCAACAAAUGUUCCUUGUUGGUACUAAAUUCCUGAGCUAAACCGAGCCUGUUGUAACACAAUAAGGGCUGAAGAUUACGGAUUUAAUUGGAUCAAUCUCGUUUUCUACACACGUAUCUAUAUUUAAAUAUAUACAGUAUACACAUUAAUCUAACUGAAGAAUGUGCCAGCAUGGUCCUUUGAACCCACACAGCUGGCUGUGCAGUAACCUUAGCCAGUACUGAAUACAUAAUGAUUUUUAUGAAAGGUGCUUCUUCUCAUUCAGUUGCCUUUCUUCUCAGCGUGUCUGGCUGUUUCAGACACCUCGACAGGCAGGAGCUCAGGAUACUGUUUGUUUUAAAUGAUAGAAAAUUAAUAAUUAAGUAGAUUUUAUCGAUUACCCCAGAUUUAAUAUUUGAUCUGCAUCAUAUUUCAGAGAUUUACAUUUCUUUCCUGAUCAUCUUCAAGUGUCCCUGUGCUCAGGCCUUUCCCUUCCUACAGUUAAUGUGAAGCAGCAGUAGCAGCAGCAGCAGCAGCAGCAACAGCAGCAGACGUCUGUAUCACUGAUGGUCUUUUUCAAUCAGACCAGCCUUCUUUGUGGUGCUGUCAUUAUUUCAGAUUCAUAAACAUGGUUUUAAUAUUGCUACUGUAAACAAGUGGGAUGAUGGCACUCAUUGGUAAAACAUUAUGCCAUGCGUUUACGUCACUCAUAAAAACUGUCUUUAUAAAAAUAUGGAACAAUGAAAGUAAUUUUUGUCAGUGCUGGAUGAACCGCUAGGAGGUCCCAGGACAAGAAUUGGCCAAUUUAUUUUUCAGAAAAUGUAUUGUAUCCCGAUAUUUAUAUUAAUAUUGUGAUAUGAAGUUAUAUAUACUGUAAUAUAGGUUAUUUUUUCUGAUUUUAUUUAUGUGGGAAUCACAUCUGAUUACGUUACAAUUUUUACUCCACUUCUAGAAUAAUUUCCUUUUGAAAUAAAUAAUUGUGAUAGAGGAUUUUAUCCACAUUGUUCACAUCCAAUCCAAACUAAUUUUCAGUCAAUCAACUGACCACAGGCUGAUGUACACAGAAGUUCUUAGAAGUUGGUGGUUCAGCCUUGAUUUGUUGUCUAAUUGUAGUUUUAAUGUAAAGAUGGCAUCAAACAUGAUGAGGUCCUCAGUAGCUUUAAUAUCCUGGCUGCAGCUCUGUUUAACUUCUGCUCGCUUGUAUCUGUGUGCUUGUUUGAGCUAUUCCACUGAUACAAAUGCUGUUUUAAGUUCCACAUUUCAAGUGGAGAUGCAUGUGAAGAGGUACAAGUAAAUGGGUGCAAAAGCACAAUUUGGUUUUACGGCACUACCUGUGAUCACUUUCUGACUCGACAAAAUAGCCAGCAUGAAACUACUGAAGACUGUUUUAAGAAAACAUCCCAACGCAAGAAAACAUCCAUGAGUUUAUUUUUUAUUGGCCCUGUUUCAUACUUGUGUUUUAUAUCAUGACACACAUAUGGACUAUGCUGCAUGAAUACGAUCCAGUGAAUGCUCUGUCUUGAUCAAUGUACAUGUAAUCUAUAGUUCUACUGUUAUGUUCAUUACACAAAUGGACUCAGUCAAGCAUGGACUUCAAACAUUAUGUUACCAGACCUCUGGUACAACGUGCAUUAUCACGCACAGGCUGGGCACUGAUUCCUCUGUCGGUUGAUUUUUAGGGUGGGGUGGGGGGCUGAUGGACUAUGAUAUAGUUGUUCACAAGAUACACAAAUGUAUAUUUUGUAUUUUUUAAAGUGUCUAUGUUCAGGAAUUUUGAGAAAUGUGUUUGUGUGUUGAUUGUAUCAUGUUAAUAAACACUCUCUUUUAUUUA